UCCUUGCCAACAGAGUACUGUGAGUACAUGCCUGAGCCAUCCAAAUGCAGGCAGUGGCUGGAGAAGAACUUCCCAGAUGUGGUUGCCAGGAUGAGUGUAGGUCCGGUAGGAAAUGCUUCCAAGCAGGACACUGGCGGUGUAGAGGUGCCCCUUGUUGGAGAGGAGGAUGAAAAGAAGAAGCAGAAGAGAGGUGGCAGAGGACAGAUCAAACAGAAAAAGAAGACUGUCCCUCAGAAAAUAACGAUAGCUAAAAUCCCCCGCGCCAAGAAGAAAUAUGUCACCCGAGUCUGUGGAAUGAACACCUUUGACAUUGACCUUAAAGAGGCUCAGAGAUUCUUUGCCCAGAAGUUCUCCUGCGGUGCCUCGGUGACAGCGGAGGAUGAAAUCAUCAUUCAGGUAGAUUUGACAGAUGACAGAUAUAUUACAGACACUAACCAUCUGUCUUUCCAUUGUAGGUGGAUGACGACAGCAUUGAAGAUCUUGGAGAAGUCAAGAAGUGAAGACCCGACGUGCACUUUUACUGAAAAUGGAUGCAACAUGUAACAACAACCUGGCCAAAUGUACACAUUAACAUUAAAAAGGAGUCGUUUUA